UGGUUUAAAAAUCCGUCAACCGUCAACGCUCCAGCGCACACUUCUUCCUAAAACCCUAAUCUUGCGCUUCUUCUUCUUCCUCUUCCUAAAGCCCUAAAUCUUCUCUCUCGUGUAAGGCCAAACGCAGCGAUGGGUCGUACGAAGAACACGAAGAUUCGCUUUGAAGGUGCCGACGAAGACGAGGUUGCUGAGGAGGUCGCCACUUGCUCGAAUGUCGACGAAGCCAUCCGGGACGAAUCCAUGUGCGACGCUGGCAACGGCGCCGAUGCCGAUGACGUCACUGAUGACAUAACCAGCGCUGAUUACUACUUUGAUUCUUACUCCCAUUUCGGUAUCCAUGAAGAAAUGUUAAAGGAUGUGGUGAGAACCAAGACUUAUCAGAACGUCAUUUACCAAAACAAAUUUCUGUUCAAGGACAAGAUCGUUCUUGACGUCGGAGCUGGGACAGGAAUCCUGUCCCUAUUCUGUGCCAAGGCUGGGGCUAGACAUGUUUAUGCAGUUGAAUGUUCUCAUAUGGCUGACAUGGCCAAGGAGAUUGUUGAAACGAAUGGAUUCUCUGAUGUCAUAACGGUUUUGAAAGGGAAGGUAGAGGAGAUAGAAUUGCCGACUCCUAAAGUGGACGUGAUUAUCUCAGAAUGGAUGGGUUACUUUCUGGUGUUUGAAAAUAUGUUGGAGACUGUCUUGUAUGCUCGUAAUAAAUGGCUUGUUGAUGGUGGAAUUGUUCUUCCAGACAAAGCUUCUCUGUAUAUUACAGCCAUAGAGGAUUCAGAAUAUAAAGAAGACAAAAUAGAAUUUUGGAAUAAGGUGUAUGGUUUUGACAUGAGAUGCAUCAAGAAAAAGGCUAUAAUGGAACCACUUGUUGACACUGUUAACCAAAAUCAAAUUGUCACUGAUUCCAAGCUCCUGAAGACCAUGGAUAUCUCAAAGAUGUCUUCUCAAGAGGCUUCCUUCACAGCUCCAUUCAAGCUUGUUGCACAACGCAAUGACUACAUUCAUGCCCUUGUUGCCUACUUCGAUGUUUCAUUCACCAACUGUCACAAACUGAUGGGUUUCUCAACAGGGCCAAAAUCACGGGCUACACACUGGAAACAGACGGUGUUGUACCUGGAAGAUGUGCUCACGAUAUGCGAGGGCGAGACCAUCAAUGGAAGCAUGACUGUGACUCCUAACAAGAAGAAUCCACGUGAUGUCGACAUAAAGCUCAACUAUUCUCUGGAUGGAAAGCACUGUAAGGUGUCAAGGACUCAACACUACAAAAUGCACUGAAAUCGUUUGUUGUUGUUUUUUUUUUUAAAAAAAAAAGAUUGAAUAUAAGCUCUCAUUCAGAGAUGUACGCAAAUCCCUGCCCACCAUGUUUCCUGAGAGAUUUGCCCAUUCUUUUCCAUUACCAUUAGAGAGGCUGAGAAAUUUGCUCAACCGUCCAUGUUUGCUGUAUGUUGCAAGUUUUGCUGUUAUUCCUUCCUUCUUGUGUUUUGACUGGAAAAACAUUUCUUAAAUCCAAGUUAAUGGAAGAUUUCCUUUUGCGUUU